GCGGGCGCCAGAGGCGGGCGCGAAGGCAGGCGCGGAGGCGGGCCGGGUGGCUGCGCCGGUGGAGCCGUGGGCUGCCCGGUGGUCUCCAGCGCCGAGGCUGGCAGAGCGCCGCUGACGGCGGGGCUGGGGGGUCAGCGGCAGCGUCUCCGUUCUGGGCAGGCCGAGGAGCUAGGCCGUGCUCCGCGGAGGGCUUGAGCAGGCCCGGCCGGCCCUAGACGGCCUGGUGCGUCCCAGGCUUCCCUGCCAGCCCCCGGGGCAAGAGGCCUGUAAAGCUUUGGACGAGUGGAGAGGAGCACCUCCCCGGGAGCUAAGGCGCAGGCUGGCAUUCAGGCAGAGAGAGAGAUGCCACUGAAGCCAUUUACCUAUCCCUGGCCUGAAACAAGGUUCCUCCACGCAGGCAGGCUUGUGUACAAGUUCAAAAUCCGCUAUGGCAACUUCACCAGCUCUCCUGAUCUUGACCACGUGGAAAGUGCUGCCGAGGAGUUAGAGGAAGCAAUUCGAGUCAUCCUUGGAAAUCUCCAUGAUUUGCAUCCCUUUUCUACUGACCACUUCACUGUCUUCCCCUACCUGAGUAAAUGGGAGAGGGUGUCCAAGAUGAGGUUCAAACAUGAGAAUGUGCAGCUGGUGCCAUAUCCAUACAUCUGCACCAUGUACCUGGAGCUCAACUCCUUCCAGCAGAGGCUGCAUGGGGAGAAAGAAGGACCCCAGGGCAGUGAUGAGCUGUGCCAAACCUGCAAUGUUUUGAAGGUCAAGAGAGGAAUUGAAGCCUUGGAAAGUCCUGCAGUGGGAGUGACAGUGAAGAGGAGAAGAGUUGAAGUGGAAGCAGAGGCCUCAUGCCCACAGCUGGGUCUGGACAGAGCUGGAGCUGAGUGUGGGCACCAGAGGAGCAAAGCAAAGCAUGGAUUUGAAGUGAUUGCCUCCAGAGAAGAGGAGCCUGAGCUGCAGCCAGCACCCCCUGCUGUGGGCUGCACCCAAGGGAGCUGCUGGGGACCUGCAGAACCUAAGCUUGAGCAAAGAGCAGGAAGUGGCCAGGCUGAGGGUGCAAGGCAGCAAAUGGACCAAAUGGGGAACAGAGGAAACCUGCAGCCAGCUGGGAGAGGACUCUCAAAGUUCUGGAGAAGGAUGAUCUUCUCGCCGCUGCGGCAGCUCCUUGGAGGGAAGAGCUGAACCUGGGCGUCCUCUGGCGCCUGGGAGCUUUCUGCCUGCCGGAGCCUUUCCUGCCAUUGGGCUCAACUGUUCAGAGCUCCCAAGGCCGUUCCUGGCGGUGCUGGGUUGCAGUGUCAGGGUUUGUUCAAACGUGGAGCUUCUGGGAGGAGUUGGUUCUUGAGUGUCAAGAGUUAGGAGCUUUACCUUUAUGCAUCCUUCAAACAAGUCUAAUAAAGCUGGCAUCAGCUUGGUGAGCUGUGGCA